GGAAGGGGCGGGUCCAAAACGGCACGCCGAAUCGCGAGCGACUGCUUCGUCGUGCCGGGGGACUCGUGGGGUAACUUGCUCCAGGGAACUAGCACUAUGGCGUCGGGCUGUAAGAUUGGUCCGUCCAUCCUCAACAGUGACCUUGCCAAUUUGGGGGCCGAGUGCCUCCGGAUGCUAGACUCUGGGGCCGAUUAUCUGCACCUGGAUGCACCCUGCUCUUCAGGGAGGCAUUUUGUUCCCAACAUCACCUUUGGUCACCCUGUGGUAGAAAGCCUCCGAAAGCAGCUAGGCCAGGACCCUUUCUUUGAUAUGCACAUGAUGGUAUCCAGGCCAGAGCAGUGGGUAAAGCCAAUGGCUGUAGCAGGAGCCAAUCAAUACACUUUUCACCUUGAGGCUACUGAGAACCCAGGCGCUUUGAUUAAAGACAUUCGGGAGAAUGGAAUGAAGGUUGGCCUUGCCAUCAAACCAGGAACUACAGUUGAAUACUUGGCACCAUGGGCUAACCAAAUAGAUAUGGCCUUGGUUAUGACGGUGGAGCCUGGGUUUGGAGGGCAGAAAUUUAUGGAAGAUAUGAUGCCAAAGGUUCACUGGUUGAGGACCCAGUUCCCGUCUUUGGAUAUAGAGGUCGAUGGUGGAGUAGGGCCUGAAACUGUCCAUAAAUGUGCAGAGGCGGGAGCUAACAUGAUUGUGUCUGGCAGUGCCAUUAUGAGAAGUGAAGACCCCAGAUCUGUCAUCAACCUCUUAAGAAAUGUUUGCUCAGAAGCUGCUCAGAAACGUUCUCUUGAUCGAUGAAACAACAGGAUCCCAGUGUGUUCACGAAAUCUCCUUUAUACUGGAAAACAGGAGUAUUGACUACCAAAUCAUAUCACCAUUGAGACAAUGCUGCUUUUCCAAGCAAUUCAUUCCAGUGAUUAAAAUCUAUUGCACAGAAUAUUCUAAGAGGUUAGAAAUUGGUGUGUAUAAGACAUUUUUAGUGAUGCAUUUUGAAAGAUUAGUAUAGUGAUACAUCAUUAUUAUUGGGAGUCUUGAUUUUUAUGAAGAAUGAAAAUAUGGCUAUAUUAAAGUUACAAACAAAAAUGUGUCUUAAUGCCAAAGGAGGGCAUAUUAGCCACAUUAAAAAAAUUUUUCUUUCUGUAUUUCUUAAAAGACUUUUCUUUAGUUUCUCAGCUUUUCAAGUUUAGGAAGUCCUGGUGUUUUUCCUAUUUCAUGUCAUUUAUACUUUGUUUAUAUGGUGAAUAAUAUGAGUAGAAUGAAAUUUUAAUUUGGUUGGCAUGGCAUACCAUAUUCUUUCAUCCAAUACAUUUAUUUUUACUUGAUUUAUUAAAACAGUGUAUGAAGUCCAGGGGUUCUAAAAUACAAGCAUAGAUUUUAUCAAGGUGUUUCUUUGUCAAAGCAAGUUAUUCAGUGAUUUCUUUCGACCCCAGUUUUCUUAGUGUUACCAUUGUUCUUUAGUUUUUUUCCCCCUAACAUCCAUUCUUAAGGACAUUAAGCAAUGCCGUUAUAUUCUGAGUAGGAAGGAAAAGUAAAGCCUCUUUGGAAGUAAUAUUGGCUUGAGUUCUCCUGCCUCUGUCCUCUUUCUAGCUAUGUGACCUUAUCAAAUCAUCCUCCUUUUUCAGCAUAUCUGUUAUUCAUUAUACACUGAAUAUAGUUAAAACAACCAUGCAGAGUUGUAAACCAUUAAAAGAGGUAAUACUGUAAAUGUAAAGCUUCAGUACUAUUCCCAGAAUUUAGAAGAUACUCAGUACAUAGUGAUUAGCCUCUAUAAGUUUACAUUUCGUUGGUUAUAGAAUACUUUGAUAUAAUGUCACUGAUUUUCUAAAUCACUGGUAUACAUGGUAUGAUAGGUCUUUUUGUCCCCAUGUAAAAAUCAAGAAACUAAAGCUCAGCAGUAGGCUGAGUAAGGAAUAUGAUUUCUGACUGGUAUGUCCUUUUAAAAAAAAUUUUUUAUUAUUUAAGUAGAGCCCUUUGGAGGCAGGUUAGGCAAAAAGCUCCUUUUACUUAAUAUUGUCUUGUUUCCAGUUUAAUUUUACCCUGGUUGUAGAACCAGAUGGCUAAGAAUAUUCUGGAACUGUGGAAGAUAAUGUAUUUUAUUCCAAAAAAGACCAGGUAGGCUGAGAUGACAGUACGGAAUUAAUACAAAAACUAAAUAGAUAGAACUCUGUUCCAGAUUAUACAGAGACUACAAACAUAUGUCAGCUAUUUAAUUCUUACAAAUAUUCUUGCUUUGAAAUUAAUUCAGCAAGAACUAACAGGAUGAUCAUCAUUAAAUUUUUUGAGGCUACUGUGAGUUUUGAGAAGUUUGAAAAAUAUUAAUAGAUGGAGCUUGUUUGGUGCUAUCUAUCUAUAACACAGUACAAGUUAGUUUCUUAAUGCUUGCUUUUCAACCUAGUUUUGUUUUCUACCAUGAAUAGGUGACAUUUAAUCAAAUCAGACAACUCAAGGCAUAUAGAAAUAACUUUAAUUAAAAAACUUACAUAGAAGAUUAUAAUAUCAGACGUGACAAAAUUUCGAGUUUUCCAGGACAACUUAGAUUUGUCUGGCUUUUUUCUUUCCUUUAAAAAUAAAUGUACAGUAAAACUAUAAGUAAAGUUUGUCAGUAUUGAGUGUGAAAUUUUUUUCCUGGACCAGUAUAAUUAGAAUCCCUAACAAAAACUUGGUGUCAAAUUUCAAAGGCUAGGCCAAAAGGCCAGUAUUUUCAGUUAUAUGGGUACUAUAACUUGAAUAACCUUUUUAUACAACAAAAGUAUUCAUACACAUUUUCCUCAGUUUUCACAUAGGAAAAAAAAUGGUGUAAUAGUUUCAAAAGGAAUUAUCCUUAGUGUAUACUCUUCAGUAUCCAAUACUGAAACAUUUUCCCUUGAAAAAUUUUAAUUCUCAAUCUAGAAUACAGGAAAAGUAGCUAUUUGAAUAGAGUUUGGCAAGAAAUAACCAAAUUAGCUAGAAAUAUAACAGUAUUUCUCAGUUAGCUAUUAAUUAUCUACAGUGACUAAUUUCUAGCUAAUUAGCUAGAAAUACAGCUAGUUUCUAUUUUUAUACUAAUAGGACUUUCCUACAGCUCAUUUUAAAUUGGUGUCUUCUUUAUGAGAUAAAGUAGGUAAAUCUCAAGUUGAGCUUUAAAAGGUGAUCGUUUUAAAAUAUGCCAGUAUUGAAUUUUAAUUUGCUUAUUUAAUUCUGUUAGGAGUAAAUAGAAAGUAGCCUGUGGUUAGUCCAGCAUGUCCAUGAUAUCAAUGAUUUUGAAUAGAGUAGUAUAAUGUUAAUUUGGCACAAGAAUUUUGAAAAAUACCUUCUGUUGGUUAACAUGUUAGAAAAAAAUAAAAAUCUCCCUCUCCAUAGUCAAGACGUUCAGAUGUCAGGUUUCAUCAAUAGAAACCUGUGCUAUCAUACUGCAACUUAACAUUUCAUAGGUGGUCCAUACAUGCAUUUUUAAGUGGAGUGGGUCAUUACCAGUGGUUUUUACAAACUAGGUGUGUGUGUGUGUAUUUUAUACUUACACAUUUGUUUGAAUAUACUUCUCAGGCAAUUUUAAUGAAUUACUAUGUGUAAAGAUAAAAACAUAACUGUCAUUUGAUGCACAGGUGGUAGGGGUGGGUGUGAAUCUGUAGUCUUAAAAAUUACCUGGUAUUGUGAUUUGAUAUCAACUGUAGCAGUUAAUAUCUUGGUGCUUAUAAUUUGCAUGAUAAACCCAAAUGACUAACACUUG